GCAGCAGCAGCAGCAGCUACAUCGAGGGCCACCGCUGAGAACACGGAGCGGGACACAGGCAGCCUCCAUGAGGGACCAUCUCCUGCACGAAUAGAAGCGACUCUGCAAAGAGAGAACCCAGCAAACCAGCAACAAAAAAAAGGGAAGGGGGAUUUUUUUGGUUGGUUUGCAAGCAGCAAAAUUUCCUCCCUGAAAUGUAGCCAGCGGAGUGAGUGCAGGGUUUGUUGCGAUCGCUCGGUGGCUGCCUGGCUCUUCACCAGGGAUGCCAUGAAAAUCAGAGCAGGCGAGUGACUGAGAGACCCGCUGCUCCUCGCUAUCACAGACACGGCGGCUGGUGGCGGUGGCGGCGGCGGCGAAGCAGCGAUGGAUGCUGGUAGAAAGAUCCACAUUAGGUAGCGUCUACGAAGAUCCAGGGAGAGCUGAACGUCUCUGUCGCGCAGUUUAGUCGCCGCCGGAGCUGUCUACAGGAUGGAUUUCACCCUGCUCCGGAACAUCAUCAGCAGAUACUGUGUGGGGGAGGAGAACUGGGUGGACAGUCGGACGGUGUAUAUCGGACAUAAAGAACCCCCUCCGGGAGCUGAGGCCUACAUCCCUCAGCGUUAUCCCGACAACCGCAUUGUCUCCUCCAAGUACACCUUCUGGAACUUCAUUCCCAAGAACCUGUUUGAGCAAUUCAGGAGAAUCGCUAACUUCUACUUCUUGGUCAUAUUUUUGGUCCAGCUUAUCAUCGACACCCCCACCAGCCCAGUCACCAGCGGCCUGCCCCUCUUCUUUGUUAUCACUGUCACCGCCAUAAAACAGGGCUACGAGGACUGGCUCAGACACAAAGCAGACUGCUCUAUAAACGAGUGUCCGGUGGACGUGGUGCAGCAGGGGAAGGUGGUGAGGACACAGAGUCACAAGCUACGGGUGGGGGACAUCGUCGUGGUGAGGGAGGACGAGACUUUCCCCUGUGACCUCAUCCUUCUCUCCUCCAGCCGCCAUGAUGGGACCUGCUACGUCACCACCGCCAGCCUGGACGGGGAGUCGAGUCACAAGACCUAUUAUGCUGUACCAGAUACCAUGGCCUUUAGAACAGAGCAGGAGGUGGAUUCGCUACAUGCCACUAUUGAAUGUGAACAACCGCAGCCUGACCUCUACAAAUUUGUGGGACGCAUCAACAUUUACAAGGACAAAGAAGAGCCUGUAGCUAGACCACUUGGGGCUGAGAACUUGCUUCUUAGAGGAGCCACACUGAAGAACACGCAACAUAUUUAUGCUGUUGCAGUCUACACCGGCAUGGAGACCAAGAUGGCACUUAACUACCAGUCGAAAUCUCAGAAGCGCUCUGCUGUAGAAAAGUCGAUGAACGCCUUUCUGAUAGUGUAUCUGUGCAUCCUGAUCAGUAAAGCGGUCAUCAACACUGUUCUAAAGUACGCCUGGCAGUGGUCUCCUGACCGAGACGAGCCCUGGUACAACCACAGGACUGAGAACGAGCGCCAGCGCCACGUGGUGAUCCGAGCCUUCACCGACUUCCUGGCCUUCAUGGUCUUAUUUAACUACAUCAUCCCGGUGUCUAUGUACGUAACGGUGGAGAUGCAGAAAUUUCUUGGCUCGUAUUUCAUCACGUGGGAUGAGGAGAUGUUUGACGAGGAGCUGGGAGAGGGCGCUCAGGUGAACACGUCCGACCUGAACGAAGAGCUGGGACAGGUGGAGUAUGUGUUUACUGAUAAGACCGGCACGCUGACUGAGAACAACAUGGAGUUUAUCGAGUGCUGCGUGGAUGGGAACGUCUACAUCCCACAUGCAAUCUGCAACGGCCAAAUCCUCAGUGCGGCCUCCAGUAUAGACAUGAUUGAUUCUUCACCUGGAGGAUAUAGGAGAGAACACGAGGAUCUGUUUUUCCGAGCGCUGUGUCUGUGCCACACGGUGCAGGUGAAGGAGGAGGAGACGGUGGAUGGCAUCAAGAGGGGCAUCCAUCAGGGCAGGCCCACCUCCUUUUACAUCUCCUCCUCGCCUGAUGAGGUGGCUUUGGUGGAGGGAAUGAAAAGGCUGGGUUACACCUACCUGAGACUGAAAGACAACUACAUGGAGAUCCUCAACAAAGAUGACGAGAUCGAAAGGUUUGAGCUGCUUCAUGUCCUGAACUUUGACUCUGUCAGGAGGAGAAUGAGUGUCAUAGUCAAGUCAAGCUCAGGGGACUACCUGCUGUUCUGUAAGGGUGCUGACUCCUCCAUUUUUCCGCGGGUGGUGUCCGGAAAGGUGGAACAAGUGAAAGCCCGGGUGGAACAGAACGCUGUAGAGGGGCUGCGGACUCUGUGCGUCGCCUAUCGAAGGUUGACAGAGUCCGAAUAUGCAGAAGCGUGUUAUCACCUGAAUGAAGCCAAGCUGGCCCUGCAGGACAGGGAGCAGAGGCUGGCGCAGGCCUAUGACAUCAUCGAGAGGGACUUUGUCCUUUUGGGCGCCACAGCAGUGGAGGACAGGCUGCAGGAGAAAGCUGCAGACACCAUCGAGUCACUGCACAAGGCAGGGAUGAAAGUUUGGGUCCUGACGGGGGACAAGAUGGAGACGGCGGCAGCGACCUGCUACGCAAGCAAGCUGUUCCGUCGCAGCACCCAGAUCCUGGAGCUGACCAAGAAGCGAACAGAGGAGCAGAGUCUGCACGAUGUUCUGUUCGAGCUAAACAGGACCGUUCUCAGACAACGCUCUAUUUCUGGGUUGUCAGUAGACUGCCUCGACUUUGGUCUCAUCAUCGAUGGGGCGACUCUGUCUGCAGUGUUAAAGCCCAACCAGGAGGGUGCAGGUCACAGCAACUACAGGGAGAUCUUUCUAGAAAUCUGUCGCAACUGUAGCGCUGUGCUCUGCUGUCGCAUGGCGCCGUUGCAGAAAGCACAGAUUGUAAAGCUAAUUAAAGCUUCCAAGGAGCACCCCAUAACCCUCGCCAUUGGUGAUGGAGCUAAUGAUGUCAGCAUGAUCUUGGAAGCACAUGUGGGCAUUGGCAUCAUGGGUAAAGAAGGCCGACAGGCAGCAAGAAAUAGCGACUAUGCCAUCCCGAAGUUUAAACACUUGAAGAAGAUGCUACUUGUUCACGGCCACUACUACUACAUCCGAAUAGCUGAGCUUGUUCAAUAUUUCUUCUACAAGAAUGUAUGCUUCAUCUUUCCUCAGUUCCUGUAUCAAUUCUUCUGUGGGUUUUCCCAGCAGCCUCUGUACGACACCGCGUAUUUGACGCUGUACAACAUCAGCUUCACCUCCCUCCCCAUCCUCCUGUACAGCCUGGUCGAGCAGCACGUCACCAUGGAGACACUAAAGAGAGAGCCCUCCUUGUACAGGGACAUUGCAAAGAACUCCCUCCUCCGCUGGCCUGUCUUCCUCUACUGGACGUGCCUGGGUGUGUUUGACGCUGUUAUCUUCUUCUUUGGUGCCUAUUUCCUCUUUGACAACACCACAUUCACCAGCAAUGGCCAGCUUAUGACCACCAACACACAGAUGAUGUUUGGGAACUGGACGUUUGGGACUCUCGUCUUUACUGUGCUGGUGUUCACUGUUACGCUCAAGCUUGCCUUGGACACACACCACUGGACCUGGAUCAAUCACUUUGUCAUCUGGGGCUCACUACUUUUCUAUGUUAUUUUCUCUCUUCUCUGGGGCGGCAUCAUUUGGCCCUUCCUGAACUACCAGAGGAUGUACUACGUGUUUAUGCAGAUGCUGUCCAGCGGCCCGGCUUGGCUCAGCAUCAUCCUCCUUAUUACAGUCAGCUUGCUGCCAGAUGUCAUCAAGAAGGUCCUCUGCAGGGCCAUGUGUCCCACAGCCACCGAGCGUGCACAGGAUCAAGAGAAGCUGUUGCCGGGCAGCGCGGCUGAGCUGACUCCACUGUCCUUUCGUCGAUCCUGCAAAGGCAUGAGCACGGACACCUCUCACCUCCACCUCAGCGCCGUGGACACGCUGUCGCUCCGCAGGUCCGACCCUCUUCCCCACAAACUCCUGGCCCACCUGGCUGAAGGCGGAGGGGCAGACUUGUGCUCCCUCAGCCCCUACAUGCUCCGUCUCUCAGGGGCAGGAUUCGCCUACUACGCUCCAGGGCCGGAGACCUCCGUGUGAACACAAACGCAGGCUCUGAAACUAUGUGUACGCGAAUCUUGUGGGCAAAAACACACACACACACACACACACACAAAUACAUCCCGAGAUGUGUGACCGAGAUCUGCAGCGCAAUGAUCGAGGAAUUCGAGAACAAAACACACAUCAGAAGCAUGGACUCCCCAUGCUGAGUUCACCAUGUGCAUUUCCUGGGCUACACCUGAGUGGACAUCCCUUUAGAUAAUAUUGCCCUGACUCCUCAUUUUCAUACUUGUCUCACUUUUUUUGUUUGUUUGUUUCAGUGUAGCCCCCCUCAGUCUUAGUCUCAUCAAAGUUCCUGCUCAAACGCUUACUUGAAAAAGUCUAAGAACUUUAAAAAAAAAAGGGGAGAACCAUGUGCGUUUUCUUGCACUGUGGAACUGUCCCGUUUGAACAGUCAGAAUUUUGUAUUCCUCUUUUUCUUUUCUAGUCUCACAUUCUUGCCUGUUCCUCCACUUUCGUGUCCUUUUUUUUUUGGCUUCUUUGUAAAUGUUUGUCGAAAAAAAACAACAUUUAUGUACAGUACGUGGUCUGGCCAAGUUAAGGGGUAGCCGUCAAAGCUCAGCCCUUUAGGUGUGCGUGCGUGUGCAUGUGCGCGAGAGUACGCAUGAAAUUGCCUGAUAUUGUAUGUUUGUAUGUGACACACCUUUGCCUUACAGGUAACCACACAGCAGCAGGCUAUGAGCCAAAGGAGAAAGGUGUUUUAAAAAAAAAAAAAGAAAAAAGAAAAAAGAAAAGUGGUGUUUUACUAAGCCUUACAUAUACACACCCAUCAGCUAAAGGAGGGAGACAAAUCUGAAGAGGGAUGUGCAGUAUUUUAGCCACCCUGCCUUAAUUCAUAGAUUUUUCAGUGGAAUAUAUUUCUAGGUCAAUUUAAACACAUUUGUGAGAGUACAAGGAGGUUUAGAGGGCAUAUAUGUCUGGUACAGUGUGUCUAUUAUUCCUCUUUCUACUUUCUUUUACCCUCACGAUCGUGUCGAGCUUUGUUUCCCUUAUCUGUCAGUGUAGCAUGUCGGAUCUCCCUCUCUCUCUCUCUCUCUCUCUCUCUGCAUGCUGAUCUAUUCUUCUCUCCGUUGUACCUCAUCCUCCUUUGUCCCAGACAUCAUCUAUCACGAAACAUAUCAUGGCACUUUUUUUUUUUUUCCCUUCUGAACAGUGAGCACCAUGUACCCUUCUCCUGCCACCAUGUGGCCACGUAGGGUAAGAAUACCAACAGCAGCAACAGCAGCAGCAAAACCUGGGACUGAUGAGGUUUUUUUUUUUUAAUUUAUUGAUGUCCUAAAUGACUUGCUACUCCUCACUGUUGCAUCGUGCUUGCGUGUUUUGCUGCCAUGCUCUGUGUUAUGCAAAAAGUUGAUGUAAGAAUGCUCGUGUCACGUUAUUAAGGGGUUUUCUUCUGUGUUGCAUUAAUCCAUGAGGUUUUUUUUCUUUUUCUCUCUACUGUUCUAAAAAUGAUUGAUGUCAGUCACUGUUGAUGUAUGGAUGUAACUUAAACAAAAUGUUGCUAUAUAUUGUAGUGAGAAGGGGCGUUAGAGUUAGCUGUAGUUUGCUGUAAGUAGGAGGGAGACUUGAAUCGGCGAUGUCACAAUCAAAUCAAUGAGAAUGUUGAACUGAUUUGUCCAUCAUGUCCUCCAGCCGAAGAUUGUAGCUCAUUAUGGAUGAACCUCUUUUCUGCAUUUCUAACAUCCGAAAGUCGUCUUGUUUUUUUUUUCCAAAGCAUAUGUGUCGGGUUACAUAGCGAAGUGACUGACUCUGGAAGUCUUUUGAAUGUGAGAUUCUGAAGCAUUUUUGUAUGUUUAUACAGUUUAUUUUCAUACACGUCACCAUCUGCCAACAUGUAUAGAUUUAAAAGCAGGUGUUCAGUAUUUUUAUUUUUUAUUUUUUACCGGGGCACAGAUGAUUUAUCUUAUCCGAUGGGAGGUCUGGAUUUAUCCCUUUUAGUUUUCACUCAAAAGCCCACAAGCCUCUGCAAGUGUUUGAACACAGGGGGGGCUUCAACAUCCUGACCUCAGUCGUUUUCAAGGAAAGACCUUGGUGCUUGUAACGCAGUGUCCCACCUCACUGUGCUGUUGCCAUACUGUAUCCAGGCAUUUUCUACAUGUCACGAUCCUACUACAAUAAUGCUGUAAGGUCUAUUUAACUUUCAUGAUGUGAUCGGGGGAAUUCUUUGUAGUCAUUCUUCAAACACAUCUUUUUUUUUUUUCUUUUUAUAGUAGUCCUUCACAGCUCAAAUUUUCACGACUUUUUUGUCAUUUUUUUUGUGUUGUCCAUUGUGAAUAUUUCUUUUGCUACUUUUGUAUUUCAGAGAGAAGACUAUAUUUUAACUGUUAGAAUGUGUGUUCAAGUUUGUAACCAAAAUGAGAGCAAAAUAUACAUUAUAUGAUUCAUUAGAGAUUUACCAAUAGUACUACACACUGCACUUUGUUUUACAACAGAUCAGUUUUACCCUAAAAACAAGGUCUAUUGUCUGUCAACUGAGGUUUAUAGAUCACUCUUCCUCACAAGUUAUUUUUCUAAGAAGAUUGUAGUGGGUGAGAAUACAUUUAAAAAAAAAGAAAAAAAAAAAAAAAAGAAGUGACCAAAUAACUUGACUAGGAAUGAACUGUCUGUAGGUGUCAGCCUCUGUCUCAAUGGGUUUAUCACACCAGCCUUCUACUGCUGAUCAGAAUGUCAAACUGCUUUUUCUAAGUCCAUCAGCACAACAGCAGGUGCUCAUCCUGUCACUCCUGAGCUUGGCAAAGGUCUGAAAUGUCGACUUCUGUGCUCCGAGCAGCACGCUUCAUAUCAUAACUUUAGUAUGCCACUGUUUACUAAACAGGUUUUGAGAAGUUCCUCUCUUUGUUUUUCUUUUUGGAUAAAGAUUUUAAAAGUUCACUUGUUGACUUUUUGCCAGCCUGUCUGUAGCAAAUGAGGGCAAAGCACUGUACUGUCAUUCUGCUUGUAAUAAAGAAAGAGUGAAAUCAC